AUGGCGUCGUCCGGCCUUCCAAUGAAGCGCAGCUCCUCUUCUGUGGAAGCGGCUGAUGUGAAGCGACCAAAGCAACAUUAUCACCAUCACCACCGCCUACAAGAACCCAUUUCCCUCCCGUUGGCAACCGAGCCCGCCGUGCAGGAUGACGGCAACAUGGAUCAACUCAUGAGUCGCUCGAUCGGACAGCUCCUCAAAGAUGUCGGAUUUGAUCUUGCAGAGCCAACAGCGAUGUCAAGCUUACGGAGCGCAGCUGAAGAGCAUCUCUUGCGUCUUUCAUCAUUUGUUCGCCAAUCGAUGCUAUCAUCUCGCCGUAUUCAACCCAUUCCGCAUGACUUUGAACUGGCUCUCAAGCGCGGUCGCCUUUCCCACGAUGAAUUGAGGGACUACAUACAAGCACCUUUGUCGACCUCUACCAUCCCGACACUCCUCCCAUCACCACCACCCGAAGACGAAGUCUCCCGGAGACUACCCUUUUUAAACGCCCUGAGAGUAGAAGAGAGUGAAUCGAAUCGAUCUUACGUCCCGAGUCAUUUCCCCGACUUCCCUAGCAAGCACACAUACUCCGCGACAGCGGUCUUCACAGAGCGAGAUAGCGAUCCUAGAAAGAUUCGCGAGCGAGCAGCUGAAGAUGGACGACAUGGUGAGGAGGCUCUGCGAAAGUUGGCGAGUGCCGCCUUCCGCGACAAUCCGACAAGCUCGAGUAGUCGGGAUAAGAAGCUUUGGGGCCGCCGACACGAGAGUAUGGAGACAAUGUUUGAGAGGACGGUUAAAGGGUUGGCGAAGAAAUUGCCUAAAGACUCGCAUGGCCACUCAACGAUUGGUUCGGCCAUGGAUAUCGAUUCGGGUAUACCGGCCGAGGCCGACGCGAAGGUGCGGUCCAAGGGCUCAUGGAAUCUGGAGCUGGGCCCGAUCGUGAACUGCGAGAGGGACCAGUGGCGCCGAGCUACUUCUGGAAGAAGCACUGAAGAUACGAAGACGUUCAAAUCGGCUGCCGGUGCUGAGCUCAUAGGGGGUACGGCGGGCUAA